CAUCUUUUAAUCUCUGCAGCACAGUGAAAACAUACUGGUUUAAUCAACUUAAUAGCAUACUUCUUGCUGGUUUCCCUGAAAAGUUUAGUUUUUAGAAGAAAAAUCAAUUUUAUUCUUCUUUGUACUGGACAAUACAGAGAUGGCUACAAUCAAUGAUAAGGCAGUUUUGCAGACUAUCUUUAACCCCAAUACCCCUUUUGGUGAUAUCCCUGGUCAGGACGCAGAACAAGAAGAACUAAUCCAGGAUAAUGAUAGUAAAUUUGAUGCAGAGCUGCUGGAACAGGCAAAGUAUCUAGAAUUACAAGGAAUAUCUGCAGCAGAAUCUGGGGAUAUUUCCACAGCUUUAGAGAAGUUCAAUCAGGCUAUCCACCUUCUUCCAGACAGAGCCUCUGGAUACAACAAUCGUGCACAGACUCUUCGACUGAAAGGCAAUAUUUCAGGUGCCAUGGAGGACCUUAGUAGGGCUAUAGAGCUGAGCAAUGGGAAAGGUCAUACAGCAUGUCAGGCAUUUGUACAACGAGGACUGAUCCAUCGUUUGCAGAGGAAAGAUGAUGCGGCACGUGAAGAUUUCCAGAAGGCAGCAUGCCUGGGCAGCACAUUUGCCAAGCAACAAAUGAUUCUGCUGAAUCCAUAUGCUGCCAUUUGCAACCAGAUGCUGGCAGACAUGAUACAGAAGCUGAGAAACCCUGAUUCUCAGGGGUUUUACUGUGAAUGAAUGUUGAUACAGUAUAAUACAAAUGCAGUACUUAACUAUUUUUGUGGUGUUUUGCUGCUGGAAUUUCAGGGAAUGCCUAUUAAUUUUGGCAGAAAUUACUAGAAAACAAAUAAAUAUUUUACAUUUGUAUCUUUUGAAAAGA